AUGUCCAAUCAAUCAGGGAUCUUAGCAGACCGAUCCCUUUUGGAUACUAUCUCGCAAUCUCUAAACGAAAAAACUGGAAAGUUAGUGAUAAUCACAGCAAGGAUAUCAACGGACUCUACAAAAGUAGAAUUGGACAAUGUCUUCUCAUCUGUGCCUGACCUUUUGAAGACUUUAACCACGGACCCAUUGUAUGUGUUUUUGAAAGAUCCUGCGACAACAGCUGACCAAUAUAACUUUAUUUCCUAUGUGCCUGAUCCAGCUCCUGUUAGAUUAAAGAUGUUGUAUGCCUCUACAAAAAACACUUUAGUAAGGCAGAUUGGGGGGAAUUCCAUCAACAAACAGCUUCUUUUAACAGAACCAGAAGAAAUCUCAGAAUCAGUGGAGAACGUCAAUGAUAAGGUAUCUAGCACUGCUAUUCUUACUGAUUCAGAAAGAGCCGGACUUGAAAUUGCAGAACAGCAACGUAUAAUGAGAAGUUCCAUGGGUAACUCCAGAGGUCAUCAAUUAGUUUCUCAAACCGAUGGGAGUCCAACACCAUUAACUUUUAAUGUGGCAAAUGGGAAGGAAAUUAAAGAUCUCUUGAAUGAAUUUAAUGUCAUUUCCUUUGGCAUUAAUAUGUCGAAUGAACAAGUUGAAGUUACGAAACAUGCAAAGAUAUCCAAGAUGGAAGAUUUGGAGAUAACUGAUAAUCAACCAAGUUAUACCAUUGUGAAAAAUGGUACAGCAAGUUUUUUCAUAUAUAGUUGCCCAUCUGGAAGUAAAGUCAGGGAUAGAAUGGUAUAUGCCUCUAAUAGGACUGGGUUUGUCAAUUAUUUACAAACUAAUGAUAAGUUGAACUUCGCAAAGAUUAUUGAAAUUGGUGAUCCGGAUGAGUUGGAAUUAUCCUUAUUAUCAGAAUCUCCCGAGGAUGAUAAAACCAACGCAGCUGAAGGUUCCAUUUCUACACCUGCUUCGCAUAGAGAAUCGAAAUUCAGUAGACCAAGGGGCCCAGCUAGGAAAAGGAGAGAUUGA